UAUAGAUUCAGAAUAGACGAUACCAUCAACAUCACUCCAUCUUCACAUAUACCAAUACUCACGAAUAUACUACUAGCUCACCAUCUGAACCUUAAAAGUAUCAUCCAAACCAACCACCACCAAAACAACAAUCAUGCCCACCACCCGUCGCAGCAGCGGCCCCGCCCAAAAAGGCACUCAAAAAACCCUCUCCUUCACCAACACCUCCAAGAUCUCCAAAGCGGUCAGCACCCCCACCACACUCAAAACCAAAUCUUCCAUCACCAAGCUCCCAGACCUCACCGAGAUCACCAAGGCCCCGUCCCCCUCCCCCGCAUCCCCAGAUCUCAAACCCACCACCCUCCCAACCACCUCUCCCAAACCAAUCUCCCAACCCAAACCCAAAGCCCAAACCGCCCAUCAAACCCUCCAAACCACCCUCGCAUCCCAAAUCUCCGACGCCAAGAUCCGCAAAUACUGGAAAGCGCGUGAAGAUUUACGUUUAGCGCCUCGAGUACACCAGAAAGAUUUAGAAAUCAGUGAGAAGAUAUUGAGGGAAUGGGAUUGUAUGAGUCAAUUUGGUCCCGCCAUCGGCAUCUCCCGCACCAAACGCUGGCACCGCGCCUCCAGACUCGGUUUAAAUCCACCCCUCGAAGUUCUCGCUGUUCUCGUCAAAGAAGAAGAAAAGAAAAACAAAGCUGUAGAAAGAGCGUAUGUGGAUGAGUUGAUGGGGGCGAAAGGAAUCAUUGGAGGGGAUGCGGUGUAAUUGAAAUUAUGGAAUGUAGAGUUCUUUUGGGAGACACUGAGAUGAGAAUCAAGGAACUGGAGAAGCAGGGACGAAUUACCUAGAAAGGGAGUGAGAGAGAGGGAGAGAAACCUUUAAUCUGGGGGAUGGGAAAGAAGAAAUUACGAGAACUGGAGUGUACGAUAUGGCACGACAUGCUAUGAUAUGGGAGGAUCCUUAAAAUAGGAUAUACACGAACUGGAAUGGAUGGGUACAUGCGCAUGGGAUAUGGUCAGGCGUUAAGGGAUUCUCUUACUUCUUCUUAUGUUACAAUAAAGCGGAUUUGAGUUCAUAUGUAUUGAAUAUAUCAAGAUGAAAUAUCAGGAUGAAAUAUGAGCUAUGAAUAUUGAACAUGGACAGGAUAUCAAUUAAAAAACCUGCUUCUCUAUGAUCACAGCUUGGACUUUAUCGUGUUGACCUUUCUAGCUUGGGCAUCACCACAAGAA